AUGCCAGACGCAAUAACUCCUCUUUCUAGCGCCGUUGAACUUAUCUCCCAUCUCCCUCUCUCGGCCGUGACGGUGGUCUUGCUAACCGCCUACUGGUCGUUCGAGACAGACUCUGCGCGACAAGCCCUUAACGUUGCGAGCACUCUCGUCGACUGCGACGCGCACUCCGUCUCCUACUACGAGGUACCCAUCUCCGUGCACGAGCUGCAUCGCACGCCGCCUCAAUCCUCCUGGGCGCGCGUGCCAUGGACGGAAGCGCACCGCGCCGCAACCGCAGCGCGCAACGUCACACAGGGGGUGCCGUUUCUUCCCGCCAUCCGGGUUUUCCGGAAUGACGGGCAUGGUACCGUGCCUUACACGCACGUAGACACGUUCGCGCCAGGCGCGCUGGCGAGCCAUAUCAUGCUGCACUGCGCGCCGGAGGGAAAGGGGGAGAAGCGGGGCGCGCUGGCAGAGCUGAGCCGGUACACGACGCCGGUGUCGAAAGAUCGGUUCGCGAGGGAGAUGCGCAAGGAGGAAUUUCGGAGCUUGGGGGUGUUGUUCAUGGUGCGAGGCGGGGCAAGAGGGAUCGUGGACCGGUGGGACGGGAGGUGGGAGGCUGUGGCUAAAGGGGUGGGGAUGGUGAACAAGGGCAAGGCAGAGAGGCAGGACCUGCGACAGAGAUGGAUCCUGAGUAUUGUGGAUGUGGAAAAGGAAGGAGAAAUGGGGGAGCGGAAUGGAGUGGUUGAUGGGGAGCCGGCAGUAACGCUAGUAGACGUGAGUGGUGAUCGGACGGAGACUAGGCGGAUUGGGGGGGAUGUGUCGUGGGAAUGGGUGCGCGACGCUUUGCUAAGGUUCGAACAGGGGUUUGAGAAGAGGAGCAGUGUCGGUGGGGGCACGGGCGUUUUGCCUGAGGAGGGGGACGGAAGGGGCAAGAUCCUCUCAUUUCUUAGACUCGGGCGGAAAUGGCGGCGGUUCUUUUCCAGGGAAUGUAGGCUGUGUUUACGAUCAUACCUGUCAGGGGAUAUGUCUGGAGAUACCAGCGGGAUGUGUGACGGGCGGGUUGUAGUGGUGGCGCAUGCGCCAUGGUGUGGGUUUUCGCAGCGGGUGAUGGGUGUGUACCGGCGGUUGGGUGACGAAGGUGUGGAUACUGUAAUGGUUGGGGAGCGGGAGGUGGGGUUGCUGCCGCGGUUUCUAGACAAGAUGGUGGACGGGUUUCCGACAGUGCUCGUGGUGAGAGAGGAGCGGGAGGGAGAGUUUUCCGUGGAAGAGUUUGAAGGACCGCACAAUAUGGAGGCUAUUAUGGCGAGGGUGAGAGGGGGUGAUGAGGACGCGCGAAUAAAGAGAUGA